AUGGAACCAACCUCAUCUACAAAGAAGAUCGGCACUCCGACAUAUGCAGAGGCCGAGCAUAUAUGGCAGGAAAGCGAGGGCGUUUGGAGAAUUGCGCAAACUGAAGACCAGUUUAAUAAUGCUCAAAACGCUGCCGGCACCUUAACUAUCACCGAUCUUGACACCAAUCGAAAGACCCAGGGAGGCUAUGGAAAAGUCUAUGGCGCCGAAGUCCAGUACAAGAAUUCCCGUCAACUCAAAGGCGUGGUGAAGGAGGUUCGGGGAAGGAUUGGGGUAGACGGUGCGCUUUUGAUGAAAUCGAUUAACAGCGAGUACGUUGCGAAGGCCAAAGGUGUUUUCUGGGCGCCAAUGGGUCAAACGUCUAUCGUCAUGAUGGAUAAGCUCGAUUUUAACCUUGAGGAAGAGCUUACUAUUGUUGCUGAUAAUCCGCGCAAUUAUGAGGGCCAGGCAUUUACAGAUCGGACCAUUGCUCCUAUACAGCAGUCUUUCCGAGCCGUCCGAGAUACUCAUUUUGCAGGGGUGGCCCACCUUGACAUUAAGCCGGAGAAUGUGAUGUCCUGGAACCUUUGCUCCGACCCAGGAAAAGGAAAAUACCGGCUCAUCGAUUUUGACCAUUCGAUUGAUGUGGCGAAGACCUCCACACUGCCUUCCUUUGGGUCAGAUCUCUACAAAGCGCCUGAGAUUGCUAAUGGAGAGCCUUAUCGCCCAUAUGUCGCGGACACCUACUCCUUUGCGUGGAUGCAUUAUGAUACCAUUAACCCCCAAUUGUUGCUUACCCCUGCGGGCAGACUAAGACGCCAGAAUCUUGUAGAUAUGACCUACCGAGAUUCACCUCCUAAUGAUCUUGAAAUGGGUAGAGAGUUGACGGCAGCUUUGACGAUGAUGGGCAUGACCAGCCAGAACAGUCCGAUGGCAUUCAAUGAGGCACGCCUCAUUGCACAAGCUCUCCAACCUGAGGCCAAACGAAUCAAAUUUUCUGAAUACUACCAGAAAUGGUGCGAAGUGAAAAAGACCGACUGUCCAGAUAUAGGUAAUGAAGCAUGGCAAGCGGAAGGAAACAACCAAGGUGCAAAGUGA